ACUAUUCUUUCCUUGAAAUCGCAAGGAAAUCAAGAUGACGUUACAAAGAUGAGGUGUUUCACUGAUAUAAAAUGGGGAACUGAUAUCCAAACAUUCCAGUGUAGUAAGCAAUAAGGGAAGAAAAAAAUGGCGGGACAAAGCUUGAGAAAUCUCAAAGUUGUGGUGUUCAUCUUCCUAGCUCUUGCUUCUGGAUGGAUGGUGGUGCAGACGGAGGGGCGGACUUGCUAUAAACACAAUGAUGCAUUUAUAGGAUCGUGCACUUCGACAGCAGCAUGUGCUGACUUUUGUAUUACUUUUGAGGGGUGGGAUGAUGGAUUUUGCUCGGGUGAUAAAUGCACUUGUACGAAGCAAUGUGCUAAGCCCAUGUUUUAAUGGGUUUGUAAUUCACCACAGUAGUUGCUUUUUAAAUGUAAU